CGAAGCUCUGAUCCGCUUCUACGAAGAGUCAGGGUCCUUGGCUGAAAACCAAGUGCAACACUUCGCAGGCAAAGGCUUUCUAGCCGCUAGUAGUGCACCGCGAGUAAAUGCUACUUCUGAUAAAUCAAAAAUACUACCGGAAGAUGCACCUUCUAUGUUGCAUGUGGAAGAGAUGAAGUUGAAGGCUCGUCGUCGCAACGUGGUUGUCUGCAAAUAUUGUGGCAAAACGCAAGGUCUCCACGCACAAUGCUGGGAACAAUAUCGCUUAGCAUCGGCGUCUGGCUUGGGGACAUCAUCAGACAGGACUACACUGCUAGACGGAGGACCAGAGCAGAAAAACAGAAAUCCGCUACAUGGCUCUUUCAGUGGCGAUGCGCAUACCGUUGCCCGAUGUCACGCUUGCCGAAAGCCGGAUGGCCUUUCUGGUAUUUACUGUCUAAUGUGGCGCUUGGUACUUGUUUUCUGAUUGUUUCACAACAUUUUCGUUUUGGCCCAAGGAAAAAUGAGGUUUUCGUUUUCUGAUUUCGACGGACAACUACAUUCUCUCUUAUAUGUUUUCUGAUUUCUUUCAACUCAAAUGAAGGUGACCGUGAGCGCUAUUGGAACGCCUUAACGCGAGCCUUGUAUUGGAUCCUAGAGCGCAAGAUGCCAGAUCUUUUCAGUCCUCCGCUUUCUUCACUCCUGUCAGGAGAACCUGGCGCAGAUCCCGAGAGUACCACCACUGGUAAUCCGUCAGAUCCAAAAGCUGGUGCAGCUGAGGGGAAUAUCAGGAAAAAGCGUAUGGUUCCACCAAAAAAACGAGUGAUUUUUCUGCCUGAUCAUGCAGGUUGGCUCCCCAAACACGUAAUUCUGGGUCCGCUCACACCAAGUCCGCAAAAACUGGAGGAGAUACGCCAAUCAAUCUUGCUCUCGCCUACCUGUGCUCCUCACUUUUUCAAUGCGGAGGAGCGGCCGCAGGAGCCUCCUGCAGACGCAGAAGGUCAAGGUAUUGAGGAACAACAACAACAAAAGGAUCACGUGCAUGAUGAAUAUGUGCGGACAGCGGUUUUACCCACCGCGGAGCAGGACAAAGCCGCACGUAGCGCCUGCUGGUUGGUUCGACAUCCAAUUAUAGGAGUUCCUGCUUCCCGAAAUGCAAGCCAAGAAAACCUAACUACAACCGAAAGUAGCACCAGUGGAGGGUGUCUUACAACGUCUUCUACUUGUUACCCGAGUACGAGUACACUUGAAGGACAAGAAGGUAGAGACAGUGACGAUUCUUCGGAAGAGUUCCACUCAGAUGGAGGAAGUAGGGACUUUACAAUUGCUCCUUCUGAAGAUCAUGAAGAAGGCGAGGGGGAAGGGGAACAACACCAAGACCCUGCUCCUCAUGUGCUCGAAGACAAGGAUGACGAUCUACGGCUAAUGCAUCGUCUACGAGCAUUGUCGAUCCGCGAUAAUUCCUUAUUAGAAGCACGAGCACAAGAUGCAGCUGACCCUCCUACUACAGAUCGUACUCAGAAGUGUGAAAACAGGAGCAUGCGGCCUCCAGAAACCGAAUAUUAAGGGUUGUUAGCUCACAUUGCAUCUUCCCAAACAUCAAAACGUUGGCUGACUUUUCAGAGUGUCAGGAACGUCGAUGUUCGGGAGAAUACAAUCAGAGAUAGCUGCUAUCUCUAAGAAUACGAUUUCACGAAUUUGAAGAGCGAGGACCGCUUGGAUAACCCCGACAGCGUAAUUGUCUUUUUGGUCGGUCAAAAAAGCUUGGCGAAGUUUAAAAAGAGACCGUACGAAGCUUAUGAUCUUCUUGAUCAUCGUGGAAUAAACGAUACGACGAUGGACGUGGACCAGCCAUUUUGUACUUUCAAGGAAGAAGGUGAGGAAAUCGUUAUAGGUUCGCCACCGGCGGAACAUACCAACAACUUUGCUAAUUUGGGCCCGGCCGACUUGGUCAGCGCGCCUCCUUUACGGCGUUCUAUACGCGCUUUCCGGUUAGGUGGGAAGGAUGAAAACCACGAGCUGGAAGAGAGUACGGAUGUCAACUUUUGGCUGAAAAAAAAAGACACCUUGCAGGAGAUGUACAUUAACAUGUUACCAUCAUCCAAGGGCAAAGGUGCUACAGCCGAACAAGCUGGACAGGGACAGCAUCAUAAGAUGAAGCUAUCGCUUCGCCCAGGUAUGCCUACUUUGGGCGAGAUUAUUCUGAAGCAACACCGGGAUGUAGAAAAAGGGGAAGCAGAUGUAGAAGGACCUCCAGCAUCUUCGUCAGCAGCAGACGGACGAGGACCACGACUCGGAUUUUUAGCUCCAAGCAAGAAACUGGGAGUAUCUCUGGCUGGUUUUUUCGAAAGAGCUAGCACUGAAGUCCAGUCCGAUGUUGAUCUUCGUGACAAUAGAGUCUAA